UGUCAUGUCUGGCACACCAUCAAAAAUGCUGGAGCAUUUACUUGAGACACGUCUCGGUAGUCAAGUGAGUGGUAUGGAUCCCUUCCUAGAUGACUUCCUCCUAACGCACAUAGUUUUCAUGCCAGUUGUGCAGUUAGUGGAUGAAUUGGCGAACUAUUUUCACUGUGAUAUCAAUGAUGGUUCGCAUACUCCCGAAGAUCGGGAAUACAUAAUAAAUUUUAAGAAGCGUGUCGUACAUUUUAUGCAAAAGUGGGUUAUGGCUGUACGUCAUGCGGCUUUUGAAGAACCCAGUGUCUGUGAUUUUAUAGAGGAUUUAGCUGCAGAAAUUGAAGCUGAUCCAGAUUUACACGAAGAAACAAGUAUUAUACAUAAUGUAUUAACACAAAUGGCACGUUAUCAAGAAGAUCGUAAUCAGAAUGCUGGACAGAAAUGGAAACUACCACCCAAUGGUCAACCAAUCUGUUUGUUCAGUGGUAAUGCUACACCAUCGAAAACUGUCAUACGACCAGAUGAUGAUAUAAUAUUCCGGGUAUAUUGUGCUGAUCACACAUACUGCACACUACGUUUUCCUCUUCAUACAACCGCCGAAUUAGUCAAAGCCUGUGCAGCAGAUAAACUACAAUUAAAUCGAGGUCCUGAUGACUUGGUUAUGGUGGAAGUAAAAUCAAAUGGUGAACGUUGUGUCUUUAAGGAUAACGAUGUUAGCAUACCUACGGGCUUAAGUUUAAAUGGACGCCUUUUUGUUUCAGUUAAGGAUCAUUUAGAUGCCUUGACUCCUUUACCGGAACAAGAGGGUCCAACGGAGGGAAUUGAAAUGGACUUAGAAAUUUUAAGCACCAAAGAAAUAGCUUACUAUAUAACAUUAUUCGAUUGGGAUCUGUUUUGGGCAGUGCACGAAUAUGAGUUAUUGUAUCACACCUUCGGCCGUCAUCACUUUGGCAAGAUUACCUCCAACCUUGAUGUAUUCCUACGACGGUUUAAUGAGCUGCAGUACUGGAUUGUAUCUGAAAUUGUUUCCACUCCCAGCAUGAGUAAACGCGUUGGGCUACUAAGAAAAUUCAUUAAAUUAGCUGCAUACUGCAAGGAGUACCAAAAUUUGAAUGCUUUCUUUGCCAUUGUAAUGGGAUUAUCAAAUAUGGCCGUUUCACGUCUACAACAGACCUGGGAUAAAAUACCAUCGAAGUUUCGUAAACUAUUUCAAGAGUUCGAAGCACUCAUCGAUCCUAGUCGCAACCAUCGCGCAUAUAGGGUUUUCGUGGGUAAAUUGCAACCACCAGUAAUUCCAUUUAUGCCACUAUUGCUCAAGGAUAUGACAUUCGCGCACGAAGGCAAUAAAACCAGUCUAGAUGGUUUGGUGAAUUUUGAGAAAAUGCAUAUGAUGGCACAAACGAUGCGUACGAUACGCUUUUGUCGGUCGCGUAGUUUAGGUCUUGAGCCGCCAUCACCUAAAAGUGAGGGUGAAGUUCGCUCGUACAUUAGCUGCUUACGUGUCAUUGACAAUCAACGCGCCCUAACCGCAAUGUCGCAAAAAAUCGAACCAACGAGGAAAAAUUAAAAAAUUACUGCAACUAAUAAUCGAGUAAUUGAGUUCAAGAAUUUAUAGCGAACAGAUUUUAAAGUAUUUAUUAAGUAAAAUUGUAAAGUAAAUUAAGUUACGUGGUGUAUGCUGUUCACACCUACAUUAAGACUGAAAAGUUUUCGGAAAUUCUCAUUUAAAA